UCCCUAGUAUACACUCCUCUUCUUCUUCUCUCUUUAGCUCUCAGAAGUAAAAGAAAUCCAGCUCAAAAGGGUUUAAAGCCUUGGCCUCUUUUCACUUGGCAACAACUAUUCCUCAUUUUUUAGUUCACGUAAGUUUGCCAACCUCCACAAUCUCUAGCCAUGGAAAUUGAAUCAGCAACUCAAGAGAAGGCUGGACCCUUCACUAGAGGAUGGAAUUGGCUUAAGGCCUUGCCUGAUAAGUCCAAGGCCAAGGUGAUGAAUGUUGCAAAGAGUAUGAGAAAGCUUGGACAAGAUGACCCAAGAAGAGUCAUUCACUCCCUCAAAGUGGGACUUGCUCUUACAUUGGUGUCCCUAUUAUAUUAUUCUAGGACUCUCUAUGAUGGUUUUGGGAUUGCAGGAAUAUGGGCUGUGCUAACAGUGGUAGUAGUCUUUGAAUUCACUGUAGGUGGUACCUUAAGCAAGAGUUUGAAUAGAAGUUUUGCAACUUUUCUAGCCGGUGCAUUAGGGCUUGGAGCUCAACACUUGGCAAGCAUCUUUGGAGAGAAAGGAGAGCCUAUAGUUAUUGGAUUCCUUGUUUUCCUUUUAGGUGCAGCAUCUACAUUCACUCGAUUCUUUCCAAGAAUCAAGGCAAGAUAUGACUAUGGAGUCUUGAUAUUUAUAUUAACAUUCAGUAUGGUGUCGGUAUCUGGUGUUCGAGUUGUAGAGCUCUUAGAAUUGGCUCAUCAAAGGCUAUCAACAAUAGUAAUAGGUGGAGCAACCUGCAUAAUUGUAUCCAUGUGCAUCUGUCCUGUUUGGGCUGGUGAAGAUCUUCAUAACUUGGUUACUUCCAAUAUAGAAAAGCUUGCAAGCUACCUUGAAGGUUUUGGAGAUGAAUAUUUUCACUGCAAAUCUGAGGAUGAAGAAGGGAAGGUUAAUGUCUCCAAAAAAGACAAGCCAUUUCUUCAAGGAUAUAGAAGCGUCCUCAAUUCAAAAUCCACAGAGGAUUCCAUGGCAAAUCUUGCAAGAUGGGAGCCUAGACAUGGCCGAUUCUGCUUCAGGCAUCCAUGGAAGCAAUACUUGAAGAUUGGAGCCAUCACAAGGCAAUGUGCUUACCAUAUUGAAGCUCUUAAUGGCUAUAUCAACUCUAAUAUCCAAGCAUCAGAGGAAUUCCAGAGUAAAAUUCAAGAACCAUGCACAAAGAUGAGUCAAGAGUCCUGCAAGGCACUGAGAUCACUAGCCUCAGCAAUCAAAACAAUGACUGAUUCUUCCCCUGCAAAUAUCCAUGUGGAGAACUCCAAAACUGCCAUUAAUGAACUCAAAUUUGCUGUGAAUAAAGCUAGCUCAUUAGAGAAAGCAGAGCUCCUAGCAAUAGUGCCGGCUGCAACAGUUGCAUCGACAUUAAUAGAGAUCGUAAAAUGUGUGGAAAAACUAUCUGAAGCAGUGCAUGAACUUGCUAACCUAGCACAUUUCAAGCCUGUGGAAGCUACUGCGACACAAGAGAAACCUCAGUUAUCGCUUCACCGAGGAACUGUAAAUCCUGUUCUUGAUGGUGAUAAUACGGAUCAUAUUACUAUUACAAUAGAUGCAAACCCCACAGAUUCCUCAGAAAAUGAGAAGUCUCAAGCACCAAAAAGCCUAGCCAGCGGCACCGUCUAGUAGUCUAAAUAUUUUUGUCACCAUAUAACAUGUGAACUAGUUUUCACAGUUGGGUAAAUUGAUCUCUAGUUUGGUUUCACGGAGGAAAAAAUUAUUAAUGAAAAUUUCCCCACUAUUUUUAUGCUUUAGUUGUAACAAUUGAUUCAAUUUUUCACAUUUUGAAGGGAAAGAGAGAAGUCUUUUUGUAUUGACAAUAUGUGAGCAGUGCUUUCUUUUUCUUGACAAAAUAGCCUGAAUCAAUGUCCAAUCUUUUAUAUAUAAUGGAGAUCAUUAGUAUAUGCAUAUACUUGUUAAA